CCCAGAAUUAUGGAACCACGGAGUCAUCCUCCAAGAGAAUACGGCUCGAGGACAUGGACCACGAUUUUCUGUUUGAGCAGGCUGAGCACGAAGGCCUCUUCGACGUCGGCACCUCCGAGACCCUAAGCGGAUCUAGCGACGUGAUUAAUGCGUUCCACAAAGCGUUUUCCGAGUCUAUGCUUGGAAACCAUGCAGAGCUAAGCCAGGCCAAUGCCUUUGAAGCGAAGACAGGCGCCAUGGAGUUCCAGGAAGGAACUGAGAAUCUCGAAGCGUUUCACGAAGCGCUUGCAAGAGAAAUCGCCGACGAGAUAUCCCACUCCGUGGAAGCAUCACAGCUGGAGGCAGUGGAAUUCCAGGAGGCAUCACAGCCGGAAGCUAUAGAAUUCCAGAGUGGUUUCAGUACAGGCCAAGAGCUAGAGACCCGCACAGAGAAUACCAUGGAAUCGCAAGGUUAUGCUGGCAGCCAAUUUAUGGGCGGAAUGAGCCAUACACAGUUGAUGCAGGAGCAUACAGAGAACGAGGCGAUGGGUGUGCCUGAGGUUUCUCAGAGAGAUGACCUCCCGGUGAUAGAAGAGACCAAAGAGACUAUUCGAAUUGGUGAAUCAAAAGCUACGGCGAUAUCUAAGAGCGAGUCUGAGAAUAACCUCCAAUACGAGAAUGAAUCGGUAGCCGAGUCCCAACCUGAAACCAGUCCCAACGAAGCUGCUCGCAGCCUUCCCGACAUAGCACAGCCGACCGAAACCGUGGAGACCACGAUACAAGACACUAUCCCCAAAGCUCUAAGCGACGUCACCGAGACACCUAAUUCUCAAACAGAGUCUGGAAAGACUAAGGCGGCCGUUCCUGGGGUGUUGGCUGUCACUUCGCAAGCUGAUGCACCAAAGAUAGGUGAGGUUGAAAGUCUAAACGACCAGAUAGUUGAAACGAUUGCCUUGGCCCAAGUGACAGAGCGGCCAGUACUAGUAGAGGAAACAGACCGGGAAUCGCUAUCCAUGGAAGGUGAGGCUUCAAUACAGGAAGCGUCAGAUAUUUCUACUCAACCGGAAGUUCCGACUGGAUCCGUUGCUGCUCAAUUGGAAAUUCCAGUUGAAUCGGUUGCUGUCACUCAUCCGGCCGUUGCAGAAAUUGUCGCUCACGAACCCCAGGACGUGAUUAUGGAAGAGGCUAAUAAUACACAUGAAGUGCCAGAUGUUAAGCAAGAGAUUGAAACCCGGCCUCUAUCAAUUGGAGAACCAGCAGCGAUGGAUAUUCUACAGGAGCUGCCAACAGAGGUAACAGCAGUCGUUGAAAUCCCAGAGGCCUCUGAAGUUCGAGCGGAUGUCUCAGAGGCUGCUGGUGAAGUUACCGUUGCUGUUACUACUAAUACCACCGCCGACCUUCCAGUCACUUCAAUCGAUGAUCCAUCUACCAUCACCGUUGAACCGAACGACCAUCCCCAACCUACCGAAGGGGCUUUGGCGACCAAUGACGGUGAUUCUCCGCACGAGCCUGGAGUGUCCCAAAAAAUAGAUGAACCUGCUCGAGCUGACCAAACCUCUGGCAUUCCCCCGAAUCCACCUGUCAUGACGGACGAAUCUGCCUUGAACACCUCCUCUUCUCCUCCCACCACCAAUCUCUUUGAGUCCGAGGACCAUCGGAAAGAACUCUAUGGGUUCAACUACGUGGCGGACGAAUCCCAGAAAGAGCCAAAACCCAACGAGGACUCGCUCUUGGGCAUGUCAGAAAACGAACAGCUCCACUACAUCGCGUCGCACCUCGAACUGGCGACCCAGGCAAACAAAAAAGAUAACUACCUGUCGUUCAUCCCGGCACACUCCGAGUUGCUCACCAACAAGGAUAACGCGGCGCUUUCGGCGUAUAGCACGCUCACCCAGACCGAGACGUACCUGUCAGUGACAAGCUUGUCGUCGCAGCUCGCAGCGCUUCCGUUGACGCUUCUCGCGCCGACGGUACUCCCGUCGCGGAUGCAGCUCCUCAUCAACUCGAUCCCCGCGCUCGACAACCUCGCGACACAGAUUCUCCGCAUUGUGGCGAUCAACCCAUACGGAAAGGUGCUCGAGUUUGUGCGCAAGAAGGACGAGCUGCUCGACGGGAUCAACUUCCGCGACCUCAUCGACUGCUUCGAGUACACCAAGAGGCAGUACGGCGGCGAGGAGACGCCAUUCCUCACGGUGGAGAACGUGUGUCCCGGGUUGUGGCAGAGCGGCGGCGUGGCCCCAGCGUUUUUGCGCGGAAAGGAGGAGGUGAUCGAGAGCUGUCUCCGGAAAGCGAACCUCGCGACAUUUUUGGGCGCCACGUUGGGGAUGAUCGAGGUGGGUUUCUUCUGGUUGAACGAGUUCUUUCUUGACGUAUUCUGUCCUGCCUCCACCUUUGGGAUUCACGGCCCGGUUCAGGCUUACUCUGCCUCCAACGGCGUAGGCCGUUUUCUCAAGCCCCAGGCUGGGUUGUUCUUGGAACUCAAGACCCAGGCGUACAUCUCGGCCGUGUCAGAUAACGACCGCGAGGAGACCGAUGGCGACCGAAGCCGUGAAGAGAUCUUGGACGACAUCUUUGCGCCCGAUUUGGACAAGCUUUUGGUCGAACGCCGCGGAGCCAAACUGUUGACCCCAGCGGAGCAGGAUUUUCUCGAACGCUGUGCCAGCAGACGUGAAAACUUGCUCCUCAGUCCGCCCGGGGAGGACUUGGCAGAGAGGUACGAAUGGGUGCUGUUCUUGAAAGAGUUGUUUGAGUACGUGGGGAAGAACAUUGGGUCGCUUGUGUGGGGCAGAAAGGGCCGCCAUUUCAACGCCACCCCGAGCGUGGCGAUCCGCGAUGGCUGGUGGAGCAAAACCACGUUAGAGCCGUCUCCACCAGCUGCCGCGUCCAAGUCUCGUGCGGAGGAGACUCCACCGGAGUUUACCGAGAGCAUGGACUAUCAGAGUCUCUUUUCAAGUACGGCCCAGCCGUCAAAGAUUAAGCACUUGGCGCGGCGCCCGUGGUCUAAGGAGGAGCAGGACGCGUUGCGCGAGGCGUUGGAGUUGAAGGGUCCGCAUUGGGCGCAGAUCUUGGAGUUGUUCGGCGCCGGGGGGAAGAUCUCCGAAGCGUUAAAGAACCGGACCCAGGUCCAGCUCAAGGACAAGGCGAGAAAUUGGAAGAUGUUUUAUCUCAAGACGGGGAAGGAGGUGCCAUUCUAUUUGCAGCAGGUGACAGGUGAUUUGGACCGUGACGACAAGUUGAAGCUCACGAACAAGAACAAGGUGCGGAACACCUACACGUAGAUGAAUGGAUAUGGUAUGGUAUGGAUUCUUUAGAAACUGUUUGAAAUUGUAAAUUCCUUAUGUCCAAUUUCUCAUUCUACCACCUAUUUUUUUCUCUUUCCGGUGCACAUCUUGUAAUUAGCCAAGACUAAGGUAUUUGUGUUUCUUAAACGUACACGGAUUAAUACCCCCUGCUAUUCAUUGCAUACCUUCAAG